GUGCUCGAUUAGAUGAGAUCGAAUAUGAUGCUAAGGCUUGUGACUGAGGAUGCUGCCGGACACGCUGACGACGAGACAUGGAGUACGUCGUGAACGGCAAAGUGAAAGACCUGCAAGCUGCUCUAUUUCCGGUACAACCGAUUCCUGAGGAGCAAAGUCAAAAACCUAAAAAGAAGAAAGUGAAAAAGAAAGUUAAAAAAGUUAAGGCUAAAGGCAAUUCAAUAUCGAAUCAAUGUCUGCAAACGCGGUUCGGCAUCGAACGCAAGGAUCUGGACUCGGUUCUGACUCUGGCCAAUGGCUUAGUCAAAGCGAAGGAUGGUUUUCUACAGGGUGGCGAUGCGAACUUCGAUGCAGUGGCACGAUGGCCAACAGAGUGCCAAGUAUUAGGAGAUCGCGUGCGACACCUGGACUAUUCGCCAGCAGAACCCGAAGUUUUUUACAUCCCGAGUGGCAAGGAACCAAGACCAAAGCCCGUAGGAGAAGAGUCUGGAGAAACUGUGUUCCAGUAUUGCCCGGCCGGCCCCAUCAAUUACUUCAGCAGGUCAUGCAUAGGCGGUAGCGCUGUUGAAUUGAACAAUGAACGGAAUGGAGAACAGCCGCCAGCAAACGUUAAUAAUCUGGCAUUCGAGUCGAGAUUCGAGUCGGGUAACUUGGGCAAAGUUAUCAAAAUCACCGAUACGUAUUAUCAGCUUCACUUGAGAAAAGAUUUAUAUACGCAGAGACAUAUGCAGUGGUACUACUUUCGGAUCACGAAUACUCGUAGCAACGUCAUGUACAGGUUAUCCAUAGUAAACAUGUGUAAGGAAGACAGUCUGUACAACGAAGGAUUGCGACCGCUAAUGUAUUCGGAGAAGGAGGCGACUUCCAAAAAAAUCGGCUGGAGGCGCUGUGGCGAGAACAUUUGCUACUAUAAGAACGACUCGUCGGACGAAGAGAAAGAGAAGCACACGUUGACAUUCAACGUUUACUUUCCUCACGAUCAGGACACCGUCUACCUCGCUCACUGUUACCCGUACACCUACACCGAUCUGCAGGAAUACCUGGGCAAGAUAGCCAACGACCCGAUAAAAGCACGCUUCACAAAGCUACGCCUGCUAUGCCGAAGUCUGGCCGGCAACGCCGUCUACUAUCUGACGAUCACCGCGCCUCAAGCCAACGACGACGCCCAACAGCGCAAGAAAGGUGUCGUCAUAACGGCGCGUGUUCAUCCUGGUGAGACGCCCUCCAGUUGGAUCAUGAAGGGCAUUAUCGACUUUCUCACCGGCGAGUCCAACCAAGCGAGGGAAUUACGCGAGCGUUUCAUCUUCAAGCUCGUGCCAAUGCUGAAUCCAGACGGAGUGAUCGUAGGUAACAAUCGCUGCUCGCUCGCGGGCAAAGAUUUGAAUCGUCAGUACCGCACGGUUUUGCGAGAGAGCUAUCCCUCGGUAUGGCACACCAAGCUAAUGAUUCGACGUCUGAUGGAAGAGUGCGGAAUCGCCAUGUACUGCGACCUGCACGCGCACUCGCGCAAGCACAACAUCUUCAUCUACGGCUGCGAGAGCAAACGCGCCGGCUAUCCGGGCAAACUUGCCGAGCAGGUGUUUCCACUGAUGCUUCACAAGAACGCCGCCGAUAAGUUCUCGUUUGAGAAUUGCAAGUUUCACAUCGAGAAGAAUAAGGAGGGCACGGGUCGAGUUGUGGUGUGGCUGAUGGGUAUCCAGAAUAGUUACACGAUGGAGGCCUCGUUGGGUGGCUCGCGACUGGGCUCGCGAAAUGGCACGCACUUUAGCACGCAAGAUUACGAGCAAGUUGGCAAGGCUUUCUGCGAGACUCUGCUCGACUUUUCCGACAGCGACCCCAUUAAAGAGAAACUCAGGAGCAAGAUUAUAGCAAGGUUAGCGAAGGAGGGUUCGAGUGCCGAUGAGCCGACCAACAUCGAUUUAACCGAUUACUCCAGCGACGAGGGAGACACGUCGGAGAGUUCGUCCGAGGACGAUAAGUACAACGGCGACGUGAUUUCGCGAAGACUGAGCGCUUGCAGCGAGGACCGGCGUUACCUGUGCGUGCCACCACCUUCGCCGAUGCUGCUCAAACCUGCCACCGCCGAUUCCUUAGGCAAGAUUAAAAAGCCCAAGGCGACUCUGCCGAGAUCGGUGUUGCCGCGAAGGAAAACGAGAAACAGGACGGCCAUGGACCUGCCAACGACUGACCCCGGCAGCGACUUGUACGACAUGACGGACUCGGGUGACGAGACAAACGCACGCUCGGCAGCGGAGAACCAAGGCGGCAGAAGCUCGGGAGACGAAUCGCGGUUAUAUGGCAAGGAGAAUCGCGUGUCGAAAAAAUCCGACAUCAAUUUGCCGGCGAUAGUGAGGCCGCGGAGCUUAUCGCUGGGCGAGGAGAUAAUCGAAGACCACUUGUGCAUUUCCGCCACAUCGGUGUUCUUCACCCUCCUCGUUCCAGCCCUUGUACUCUACUACAUCUACUUCCGCGUAUCCAGGGCUCACAUGCUUGAGCUUGCCGAGAAGAUCCCUGGACCAAAAGGCUUGCCACUGCUUGGAAAUGCUCUGGAACUUCUGGGAUCGUCCGACACGAUCUUCCGUAAUGUGUACGCAAGGUCGUUCGAAUUUGACCAGGUAAUAAAGCUAUGGGUUGGACCAAAACUUGUCAUCUUCCUCAUCGAUCCGCGUGACAUCGAAGUGAUCCUCUCGAGCCACGUUUACAUCGACAAGGCUUCCGAGUACAGAUUCUUCGAGCCAUGGCUUGGCAAUGGCCUUCUUAUCUCUACUGGCCAGAAAUGGCGUGCCCACCGUAAACUUAUCGCGCCAACUUUCCACUUGAACGUGCUGAAGAGUUUCAUUGACCUGUUCAACGCCAACUCCCGCGCUGUCGUUGGCAGAAUGCGCGAAGAAGGUACCAAGGAAUUUGACAUUCACGACUACAUGUCUGAAACCACCGUCGAGAUUCUACUCGAGACUGCUAUGGGUGUAUCCAAGAGCACUCAAGACAAGAGUGGCUAUGAAUACGCCAUGGCUGUUAUGAAGAUGUGCGACAUCUUGCACAUGCGUCACACUCGGCCAUGGCUGCGGCUUGACUGGGUGUUCAGCCUGACCAAGUACGGCAAGGAGCAGGUGCGUCUACUCGACAUCAUCCACGGCUUGACCAAGAAGGUCGUCGCCAAAAAGAAGGAAGACUACAAGAGCGGUAAGCGCAAUUUCGUCGACACGGGCGCCACCGUGAAGGAUGUAGUCAAGAGCACCACCGUGGUCGAGGGAUUGUCGUUCGGUCAAUCGGCUGGCUUGAAAGACGACUUGGACGUGGACGACAACGACAUUGGUGAGAAGAAGAGACAGGCUUUCCUCGACCUGCUGAUCGAGUCUAGCCAGAACGGCGUUGUCCUCACCGACGAGGAAGUGAAAGAACAAGUAGACACCAUCAUGUUUGAGGGACACGACACAACGGCUGCUGGAUCCAGCUUCUUCCUGUCGAUGAUGGGCUGCCACCCCGACAUCCAAGAGAAAGUCAUCCAGGAAAUCGACGAGAUCUUCGGUGACAGCGACAGGCCGGCCACCUUCCAGGAUACCCUCGAAAUGAAGUACCUCGAGAGGUGUCUCAUGGAAACGCUACGCAUGUACCCACCCGUGCCCUUCAUCGCUCGCGAGAUCAAGACUGACUUGAAGCUCGCGUCGGGCGACUACACGAUCCCGGCCGGAUGCACGGUGGCCAUCGGCACCUUCAAGCUCCACCGUCAGCCGCACAUCUACCCCAACCCGGACGUCUUUAACCCUGACAACUUCUUGCCUGAGAAGACCGCAAAUCGUCACUACUACGCUUUCAUACCAUUCUCGGCUGGUCCGCGUUCCUGCGUAGGACGUAAAUACGCCAUGCUCAAGUUGAAGAUCCUGCUCUCGACGAUCCUGCGUAACUUCCGUGUGAAGUCUACCGUGAAAGAAGAAGACUUCAGGCUGCAGGCCGAUAUAAUUCUGAAGCGUGCCGAGGGUUUCAAAGUCAAACUUGAGCCAAGGACCGAUCGUGGACGCACUGUUACCAAGGCCUAAAUUAAUUAGUUUAAUUUUCUUGUCGUCGAGGGUACAGUGAAGCAACCGAGAAUAUGAUCAUUAGUGAUCCGUGGAACGACAACUUGCGGCGUCGCACGGCGGUUUUGAUUUCUAACUUCUCAGCGUUCGUUCAUUAUUUACUUAUAUCAGGGGGUGCGCGCUGUUCUUGAAUAUAUUUACGUUAUUUUUCUCUCUCGUCGCGCGACACUUUACUUUCUGCCUUGUUAUGCCGAAUGCUCCCACCGAGCAUUUUACCUUGUAUAGCCGCCUAAGUCUUCACAAGCACAUUCAUUUAUUGCAUAUAUUAUUUUAUGUUUGUACAUUGAAUUUCUUUUGCUUUCUUUAUUUUUUCGCUAAGAGUGCGGCGCUUAGGGCUGCUCUGACAAAUCCUAUAGCUGUUUAACUUUUUAAAUGAAAGUCUUCAUUUAUACUGUUAUUAAAUUUAAUCUCGUGCAAUAAAUUGUGCAGUACACCACUGCAAAACCACCUA